GUUGAGAGACCCGGACGUGUCUAUUUCCCGUCCUGCACAGCUGGGGUUGGUUGCAGACUUGAAAAAUAUGACAUUUCCAGAGUGACCCUUUGGUGUCUUCCAAAGCUCUGAGAUGAUCUCCCAGCAGCCACCGUGGCACACCUCUGAGAGAUGAAGGCCUCUGACACAUUCCUUAUCAUCUUCCUCCUCUACAGGACUCUGUGUGUGUCGGGGAGGACAAUGAAAGAUAUGGUGGAGGAAUGGAACCGCUACAGGAAUGAAUGUCUGCUCCGGAUGAGUACAGAACCAACACCCAAAGGAGUGUUUUGUGGUCGUACAUUUGACAUGUACGCUUGCUGGUCAGAUGGAAAACCAAACUCUACAGUCAAGGUGCCAUGCCCCUGGUACCUGCCCUGGUACAACCAAGUGCGUAAUGGCUUUGUGUUGCGGGAGUGUGGUCCUAAUGGUCAGUGGACCACCAGUAACUCCAGCCGCACCUGGAGGGACCAUUCUCAGUGUAACGAGGACACCAGCAAACAGGCAGCUCAGGAGAAACAGAUGAUGAUCUUAGCCCACUUCAGAGUCAUGUACACAGUGGGUUACUGUGUUAGUCUGGCCAGUCUUUCUCUGGCUCUGAUUAUUCUGCUCUUCUUCAGGAAGUUGCACUGUACCAGAAACUACAUCCACAGCAACCUGUUUGCAUCGUUCAUUCUGCGAGCUGUUUCCAUCCUGACCAGAGAUGCUCUUCUGAGCAGAGACACUCCUGAGAUCAACAGGGUUCUCUCUACAGUAUUCAGUAAUCAGACAUUGUCUGGCUGCCACGUGGCUCAGGUGCUGAUGCAGUACUGUGUGGGAGCCAACUACUACUGGCUGUUGGUGGAAGGCCUGUACCUACACAACCUGCUGGUGGUAUUCUCUGACAGCUGCUACUUCUGUGGAUACCUCCUCAUAGGCUGGGGCACCCCAGUGUUAUUUGUGGUUCCUUGGAUUAUUGUACGUUACCUGUUUGAAAACACAAGGUGUUGGGAGAUAAAUGAGAACAGGGUGUAUUGGUUCAUAAUCCGUACUCCCAUCCUGCUCGCCAUUCUGAUAAACUUCUUCAUCUUUAUCCGCAUUAUCCAUAUUCUUAUAUCCAAACUGAAAGCCCAUCAGAUGAGAUACACCGACUACAAAUUCAGACUGGCUAAAUCCACCUUGACCCUAAUCCCUCUACUGGGGAUCCAUGAAGUGGUCUUUGCAGUGUUGACAGAGGAGCACACGGAUGGCGUUCUCCGUAACAUCAAUCUCUUUUUACAGCUCUUCCUCAACUCGUUUCAGGGUUUACUUGUAGCCAUCCUCUACUGUUUUGUCAACAACGAGGUGCAGGCAGAGAUAAAGAAGAAGUGGCAGAGGUGGAAGCUGGGGAUGACUGACCUGGAUGACCUGAGAAACACUGGCAGCAACACGCCACAGGUUGGUACAAGCAUACCACCAUCUAGCCAGUGCCACCAUCCACAAUGUCCCUGUCUGCCGCUCACCCAUUGCCAAGAGGACAGCCGUCUCUCCUCCCUGCCCCACCCCUCUGCUCCUCUUCACAAUCAGCUCCCCCUUCCUCAGCCCUGCACCCACCACCAGGACCAGCUGGGAGCCAGACAGCUGAGGACCUGCUGCUUUAUCUCUGCUCAUAGACAGGAUUGCGGAGGAGGAGGAGGAAAUGAGGAGAAGUUUUGUGAAAGCUACUGCUAAACAUUCAAAGUGUCUUUCAGCUAAAGAAGGAAAUAUCAGUGAUUAGUGCAUUCAAGGCGAUUAGACUAACUGUCCAGGGAUUUACAAUGUAUCAUCCAUUGUUAUGAUUGUGUUAUGAUUAUUCAGAAAACAUUUUAUUUAGAUUUAAAGACAGUCUUGUAUUGUUGAAGUGGUUUAAGAAAUAGAUGAAUGGAUUCACAUUUUCUUCAGUGCCAGAAGUUGAUGAGAUCAUACAAGAAGAAGGUGUGUGGAGACAGUCCAUCAGCUGGAGGUUCAGGGUACUGAGUAUCUCAUCAAGUGACUAUCAAGCAUUUCCAGGUGUAGCUGACCCUGAUCUCUGACCCCUCUGUCAAAGGGAAAGAAUGAAAAAAGACUUUCCGUUUAAGGAUCAUUUGAACUCAAAGGCUCAUGUCCUUCAGUGUAAAUCAGAAGCCAACACUCUUCCUCUCAUUUUAUUUGCAUGGAUAUUCAAAAUGGGUUUAUUUCUUUUUCUACCUCUUAAAUUGUUUUGUGUCAAACGAUGGAAAUGUGCCAUUCAUAUUUGAUUUAAAAAAAAAAAAGUAGAUAAAAUCAGAGAGAAAAUGAAUACUACCACCAAAUCUCCAUUCUCUCAUCUUAGGUACCUGCAUAUCCACAGUCUUAUCUGCCCACGGGAAACAUUCAUCUUAUUCCACUCCCCACUGUACACUUUUAGAUAUUUGUUUUCUGUUGUAGCUGUUUUUGGCUGAAUUUCAUCUUCAUCUUUUCAAUGACUAAUGACUUUUGUGAAUUUGUGUAUUCUGUAAAAACCUAGUCCUGAUAAGACAACAACAAUCACUGUCCAACAGUCUUAUUCCAGAGAUGAGUUACACAAACCAUUCAAAACCUAAUGAAUCUUAAUGGAUUCCAACAGUAUUAAAUCCCUAUUUUAGUUACGAGAGGCAAAUGGUAAUGUUAAUCUAUAAGACAGAAGAAGCUCCUCUUUACUUAAACUGUUGCCUCCUGACAGUCUGUUCACACACGCUAAAGAUGAUUGACCUGAUAGCCUCUUUUCCUAUUGAUGUUCAGGGAGAUACCUUAAAACAGCCAGUACAACUUUCAAGAAAGGAGGUCUUUUCUUAAAUGUAUAUCUGUGCUUUUUGAUCUGUAUAAAAUCCCCUCAUUUUCAGAGUAUCCAGAUGAAAAAGCCGCCUCUCCUGCCAUCUAGUGGAGAGGGAGAGCACACCAUCCUCAGAAUAGCACCCACUGUCGAGCCAAGAAGCAGGUUAACUGAGUGAAGUAAAAUAAAAUCUUGAACAUUGACUUAAGUUGUCCAAAUAACUUAAUAAACCUGAGAUUUGAUUAGUAUCACCUUC